AUGUCUCGUUUGCGCCAGGCCCUGCAGCGCAUCUUUGGUGCGACUCCAACAGGCGCCUUGCGCUCUCGGACAAUUGACACGAAUUUCUCCAUUAUCAAAGAGGGAGACCGAGUCAUUUUACACGGCAAACAGCCCUCAUUAUCAAAGGCAUUGAAACGAGGUGAAAAGCUCCAGACCCCUCGCGGAGCAGUGGAACAUGACAGCAUCAUUGGGAAACGGGUUUGGGACACGGUACAGUCUCGCAAAGGCCUGAAUCUUCGAGUCAGCCUUCCAACAUUAGAAGAAUACGUCGCCCUGACCCCUCGCUUGGUCACGCCGAUCUAUCCACAGGAUGCCAAUUUGAUUGCUUCCCUUCUCGACAUCCAUGUCAACACUCCUGCCGCGGGCGAAAUACAACCCACUACGGAAAUCCUCGAGUCCGGAACAGGCCAUGGAUCCUUGACACUACAUCUGGCGCGCGCCAUUCACGCCGCCAAUACCACUCCUCCGCCUCGCCGUGUCACCAGGCCCGGUGAAAAGGACACGGAGCAAGCAGGAGAGAAACCCGCGGAGCAAACCGCGGAUCCAGCACAGGAGGAAUGGGAUGCAUGGCGAGCGCAGCGCAACGCCGUCAUUCACACAGUCGACGUAUCGCCGAAGUUCUCUGCGCUGGCCGAGAAAAACAUCCGGGGAUUCCGCCGUGGAAUAUAUGCAGGCAACAUUGAUUUCUACGUGGGUCCCGUUGAAAAUUGGAUUGCCCAGCAGAAGCAACAGCGGAAAAAGACUGGCCUGGCUUCACUGACUGGGGGAAACCCCGUCACCCCGUUCCUUUCACACGUUAUUCUGGACAUGCCUUCUUCAAACUUGAGAAUCCCACAUGUUACCCCGAUGUUAAAGCGUGAUGGUCUCCUAGUGGUGUUCAUGCCUAGUAUCACGCAGAUCGGCGAGUCGACUGCCCUUGUUCAGGAAAAGGUGAUCGAGCUUGGCUCCGGAAUCAGCGGUGGCCGUACAUGGGAUGUGCGUUUUGCGACUAAAAAGUCAGGCGCCGACCCAUCGUCUUGGGCUGUCCCUUCAGAUGCUGAGGGUGCCACUCCUGUUGAAGCUGAUGAGCAGUCCGCUGCUUCUGAUGCUAUCUCUGAGGUGUCCACCUCAGAGGAGCCCCCGAAGGGAGGAGAGUCUGUCUUGGUCUGCCGGCCCAAGGUCGGAGUGCGUAUCCAGGGCGGCGGUUUCGUGGCAGUCUGGCGGCGAAUCGAAGACCGGUAA